AUGGGCAUUCAAAAUCUUUGGCCUUUAGUGGAUGAAACUGGAUUUACCUGCAAGCUCAGAAACUUUGUCACGGAGCAUGGAUUCAUUCGAGACCACCAUUGUUCUCGUACAGUUGUUAUUGGAGUUGAUAUCAGUUCAUUUUUGGAUGGCUUCCGCGCUUUGGAUAGGGUCGCCCAUGCUGAUCACCGCCUUCAUACAUCCGACUUGACCCUCACACAAUUUUUCAAGCUAUUGUGUGGUUUGUCAAAGGCCGGCACCCACUGCAUCUUUGUUUAUGACGGUGAUGGAUGCCCACUCGUUAAACGGGGAUCUCAAGUUGUUUUGCGUGAAUCAGACCACUACAAGCAUUCGCGAAAAUUGAUAAAGCAUUUUGGCUAUUACAGUCAUACAGUGAAGCGGAAGCAGAGCUUUCAAAUAUGUAUGAACGGGGGUAUCAUCGAUAUUGUACUUUCCAAAGACAGCGAUGUUUUCCCCCUUGGGGUUGGAACUAUAAUGAAACUCAUUGUCCCAAAGGAGCCAAGACAUCUUUGGGGAGAUUUGGAUGUCCGUGUUUACCACGCACAAUCCACAGGCUACUCUCAGGGAGGCUUUAUUCUGAUUGCUUUAUUGCUUCAGAAUGAUUUUGGUAGCGGCGUCAAUGGUAUAGGCCACCAUACUGCUCGUGGCCUUGCUCAGAGUGGAUUUGGGGAUGACCUCCUCAACGCCUACCGGUUGUUUUUUAACCUGCCGCAACAGCUCUCUGAAGCAUUCCACAAACUGAAUAGCGAUAUGACAUACGAAAUUCGGCACAACAAACAGGGUAAAAUGGGCUUAUGCAGCCCUUUUCGGGCGGAUAUCCUCCGGGACUCUCAAUUUCCUACCCUCAAAGACGUUGAUGUCAUGAAUGCAUUUCUCAAACCAUUAACAAGCUCUUCACCUGGGUUUGAUCCUGUUCCAGUCUCUUUAAUCCUACCUACACUCCCUGAUAUCACCGGGAUUUCCGGAUUUUGUGCCGAGCACUUCGCCUGGUCUCCGAUCCUCACCCUGAAGCAUUUUCACACUCAUCUCUGGCCUGGUAUCGUGAUACGAAUGCUUUCCUCUAAAUAUAUAGCUUAUAACGUACAGAAGGCAGAAUGCCUCGUUCCCCGCUUGCAGAGUCAACCUCAGACAGACAGCACGGGGAAAUCAUAUAUGCCUACUCUAUCAACUAUUGUCAUGAACCCCAAGUCCCUGGAUCUCCGAGCAAAGCAUGUCAAUGAGAGCAUUCCCAUUACUUUCGAUACUGCCUUUUUCGUUCGACUUACUGGUCUCUCCUCCUCGACUAUUCAAUCCACUCGUAGAGUCGAUGUUCCGGUUCCCAUGCUUGCAGUGGCUACAAAUCAAACAAACAAGGUCGAUCGUUUAAGUGAAUUACUCGGCUCGCAUCCAAGUUCCGAUAUCUCUGUCCGGAUUAAACGCCGUAAUGAUCUAGGUUUGAAUAACGGAGCAUCGAGUAGCUCGCAAUUGCAUGUGUCCAUAAACACACCCAAACCAAAGGACACUCUGGCCUCUGUAGAUGGGAGUAGCAAGUAUACUCAGUCCAGCAUUAAAUAUUUAGGUCUCGUUGAGCUUACUGAUAGUAGUGAAGAUGAGCUUGUAUAA